AUGGAUGAUCUACAACCGCAGGAUGAUGAAAAUGUAAUGGAAGAAGAGGAUACAUUAGUUUUGCGAAUGGAAGCCAUGAUGUUGGCAGAGGAUCAAGAAGACCGUCUUUCUUUUGCGGACUCUGAAAGGUUUGAUGAGGAUGAUGAGCAAUAUUCUGUACAGGCAAGCGAUUCAAGUUCAGUAAGUCAUCACUGGAGAGGAUGGGACUUAUCUUUGGCCAAAAUGGGCCAAGGUUUUGUAACUAAACCUUUCCUUAUUGCUGAUAGUUCGGCACUCGAUGCUGCAGAUUUUAUGGAAGAUAUCCCAUCACUCAAGGAUUUGGCUGCAAAACGUGUUGCUUCCUCCAUUUCAUUCGAACUUAUUGAGGCUACUUAUUCUCAACUUCCUACUGCACAGAAACGACUUCGGCCUCAACUUCCAAAAGAAAAUAUUGAACACAUUGGACAACAACAGCACUUGCAAGAUUAUUUACCCGAACAAUUGGUACUUCUUAUUUUAAGACAUUGCUUUCCCGAAUCGUCAGAGAAUAUUCGACUUUACAGCUGUUUAACUAAUUGUGGCGAUCGUUUAUUUGCCUUGGGUGAAAACCUUUUUAAGAGCGGAGCUGUCUCCAAACUUUUCCAAAUUGGUUGUCAUUUAUCUGCUAAAGUACAAGAACGCUUUGGAUUAAAUAAUACUGGCAGCGGUUUAAGUGGCGAAUCUUUAAGUAAAUUGUACAUUUCAAAAGAAGCAUCCGAAAAUAACGUCAAAACUUUUGAUGUUUGCAUUCUUGUUGAUCGCUGUCGGAUUGUUUCCUGCGCUUGCUCUUGUUCAAAUACCUCGUUUUGGUGUCAACAUGCUGUUGCUGCCUGCCUUCAACGUAUUCAGCAGCCCAAUACAGUGCAAUAUAGACCUGCAAUUUGGGAUUCUAUUACAUCUUUGCGUGAUAUACAAGCGAAAAAAAUGGUUCAAUGUUUGAUAAAUAAACUUCCUCGAGAGUACAUUCCCGUGGCUCAGGAACUAAUUGACGCUCUAAAAGACAAUAAUUCUCUGAUUAAUCAAAUUCAAGGUGCACCAGAUCCAACUGCCGGACCGACUGAUGAUACUCCUGCGGUUUGGUGUAUGGACGAGAAAGCAUUGCACGAAGAAGUUCGGGUAAUGCUAACACGUAAUGAUGCAAAUGGUCCUGCAUUGCUUCAUAUACUUACUGAAGAAUGUUUAGCACUUGAUUCUGUUCUUAUCCGAUGGUAUCAGAUCUCGCUUUCUGCAAGUGGACACUGGUACUUGAUUGGCCCUAAUGGUGGAAGUAGUGGACAACGCGCAAAUGGUAAUGCACAACAAAGCCAGUCACGCCAACUCCUUUGCUAUUUGCUUUGUCAAGAGUUGGCUUCUCUUUGGCGACUUAUUGCUUUAAAUCCGCGACUAACUAUUGAAGAAAGGGAGCAGCUUUGGGUGUUACUACAGCUCUACCAGAGAACGUCUGUUAUGCGUAUUUGGACAAUUCUUGGGAAGGCUACUUCUACUGAAAAUAUAGCUCAAAAACAACACGGUCGCUUCCCAACCCUGCCUUUCUUGCGUGAAGCAGAUAAUGGAAUUACACUUAUUGAUUUAGUGGAAAUGGAGCGCCAAUUGGGCAAUUCAUCAAUUGCUUACAAUCCAGAUGCCGUUCUGGUUCCAUCAUCGAAAUCAUCCAAAAGACGAAAGAAACACAAAAAAGCACAGCAGCGUCAAAAACUGCAAAAAUUGGGAAUGAACAAUGAAAGUACUAACAGGAAGCGGCGAGAACGCCAACAACCUUCGGAACAAGAUGUAAAAGAGGAUCUAAAAAAUAAUCAAGAACAAGUCAGCGAAAUCAGUAGUGAUGAAGAAAAUCAGAAGCCUGAAUGUAGUAAAUCUGAUCCACCAAAAAGAGAGCAAUAUGAAGAUGCUUUAGAUAGACUUUUUGCUGAAGCACAUGCUGACUUCGAUGAUCCAUUUACUCUUCGUUUUAUGUAUUGUGAGGCUCUUUUUGCACAUGGCUACUUCAAUGAAUCUUUACAAUUUGCUAAUAUUUUGUCUGUAAAUUUGAUAAAUAAUCAACCAAACUUGUUACUCUCAAUUGGAGUGACUGAUUUACAACUUAUGAAGAGUAAUGAAGAUGAGGCAGCAGAGCGGAAGACUAACGAUAAAUUGAUAGCAAAGCCUUUUUCCUCUGUUCCACACUCCAUUCGUCAGUCACAUUUUCGUCGCCAGUUUAGUUCUGAUUCAAUUCGGCGCACUGAGACCAAUGAAAUUUACUCUAAUUCAACACUUGCACGUCUCACAAUCAGUCGUGCUCAUCCUCGUUUGAUGGCUAAUUCAACUAAUGCAAAAGAUACAUUAACUAAGACAAUCUUUCUUGUUAAAUUGUUAAUGCUUGGAGAAGAGUUUUUUGAUCGUAAAAUGAAAAGAUUUUCACGACAACAUAUUGCAACGACUCAUAAAGCAGAUAACCCAAAAGAAACUUCUAAAAGUGCGAAUAGUUCAGUACAAGGAGAGUAUCGCCUCUUAGCUUUAGAACUAUGCCUGGCUACCAUGCGAAAUUUGCGUGGGCCAUCUGCUACUCGUUUGCUAGAAAUGGAGAUUAACCAAUUGGAAGGCGAUUUAUUUACAUUAUUGCAUAGAAUUGAGAUUUGCCCUAACGGUUUGAAAAUUGUACGCUCUCUAGCACAACAAUUACUCAAAAAUCUGGCAGUUGACAGCUUACCUACUAGUGUUACUGUUCCACCCACACGUUUGGCGCACUAUAUUGUAAAUGUUCUUUCUUCCCCUUAUUCUCCUUACCAACAACAACAUCUACGAAAUGCGGCACAACUUAGUGGUGGAGUUGAUGCUUGUCAAAUACUGCUCCCACGUUUUCAAUCGGAUUUAUUCACCUAUCGAUUAGAGUCUGAUGAACAAUUGGCACUUGACCUUGCUCUUCAAGUGUUAAGCAUGGAUGUGCAUAUUUCUGAACGUGACCAUCCACUUUUGUGUGAAUGUAUCCGACGUCAUCGUAAAGACUUACAGAUGGUGCUUUUCACUAGAAAUAGGGACUCACCUGAACGAUUAGCUCGAGUAUUGACCACUGCACUUGAUGAGAAAGUGCAUCGCAUUUAUGAAGAAUCUAACCGUUCUAAUGUGGAUUUCUUUUCAUCUUCCGCUACAAUUACAAACUCAAAGCCGCGCCCUUCUUCUCCACCUGAUCAACAACAGGGAUUAUUCAACAAAAAACAACCUCUGUUAUCGAUUGGCUCUUUAACUGGCGUUUUCAGUUCCAUUCAAUCAUCAUCCAGUGCCACUUCUACAGCCACAUCUCCUAGCAGUUCACCAUUCGAUUUGGGUAUUGGACAACAACAAAUUUCAGGAGACAGGUCCUUACACAUUCACAUCAGUAUUUAUUGUUUUAUGAAUUCUAAAAAUUUCAGAUUUUUCCCUUCAACUCGUUCUUCGAUUUCUAAACCUUUUCCAAUGCUAGCGAAUCAAGCUAGCGAGGCACAGGCUCACCAUAUGUUUGAAUUUGCUAAAGCUCUACUUUUAGAAGCUGGUGGAAAUCAGAGUAGUCCCAUGUUCAAUCCAGUUCAAGCUAUGGCUGCAGCUGCUUUAGGUGCUGCUGCUUUUCUUGGUGGUGCGGGAGCUCCUCAAAUUGGUCCUCAUCGUAAUUUACACAUUUGUUCGUUGUUGAUUGCAUUAUAUGCCUUGGGAUUAAACAAUGAAUGCUCUCCUUCAUGGAAUACGCGUACCUAUUCUACGCAUGUUUCUUGGAUUCAAGCACAGGCGUUAGAUAUUGGUCGUCAAGCUUUGGAAAUCAUUCGCCGUACCUGGCACAAGCAUUUAACUCCAACUGAGGUUGCAUCUCUCGCCGAUAAAGCCAGUCAAAGUAGUGACUUGUCUGUUGUUGAAGAAGCGGCUCAGCUUGCUCUGAGCGUUCUUCCUGAGGCUAAUUCUCUUUUGCCUGCGGAGAGUCUCAAAGCACUAAAUCAAUGUAAAGAACGUUCGCCUCGAAUGCUAGAGGAUGCUUGCCUGGCUGUAGAAAAAUCUACACAACGAGGCGGUGUCUAUCCAGAGGUUUUUAUUUUGUAA